AGGCCUCAUGGCUUGCAGGCUGGACCGUGCAAGAGAGGCGGUGCCCGGGGGCUCGGGCCCUAUCGGCGCUGUGUAUCAGGAGCUGAGCGAAUUCCCCUCGGUAACUUACGCCCGGGUAGGAGUCGGAUUUGUUGGUUGCGGCGGCACCAGGUGCCUCCCCCUCUACACGGAGUGGUGCCAACCUGAUUUGGGGAGCUGUCGGCAGUUGCGUUUCAGCCACCAACAUGUCCUGCACCACGAUGGCAGAGCGGUUGUCUCAGUUACCCCUGUUAGCAUGCCAGCUGCAAUUCGAGACCAACUGCUGGUCCAGGUAUCUCCUACUGGAAGGCACAAAGCUGUUCUCACCCAUCACUUGGAAAGGGGGCAGAAACAGGAGGUGCUGGAGGUUUGGAGCAGCAGUGGGAGGGUGAAAAGUGUCAACCUUACAGAGCUGGACAAACAUGGCAGUGUUUACACAGAUGGGCAGUUUGGGUGUUUGGCCUGGUCCAGCUCAGAAACACGGAUCCUGUAUGUUGCAGAGAGAAAACGCCCCAAAGUGCAGCCAUUUUUCUUUCAAGACAGGUCCUCCCAGGAAGGAGAGAAGCCAAGUGAUACAACAAAGGGGGAGCAAUUUGUGUACCAUGACAAUUGGGGAGAGAUGCUGAAUGAUAACAGUGUCCCUGUCUUGUGUGUGCUGGAUGUUGAAACCAAAGAAGUUUCAGUCCCAGGUGGCAUACCAGGACACAUCUCUCCUGGGCAGGCCCUGUGGUCCCCCAAUGACAAGGGUAUUGUAUUUGUUGGCUGGUGGCAUGAACCCUUCAGAUUGGGAUUGAAAGCUUGCUCCAACAGAAGGUCAGCCCUAUUUCUCUUGGAGCUCCCUGGAGGCAGCUGUGAGCUGCUGUCCUCGGAUUGCCAGGCUGUCUCUUCUCCCCGGCUGAGCCCUGAUGGAACCCACCUGCUGUACUUAGAGGGGCCAGUGUUCGGGCCUCAUCGCCAGUGCCUGAAGCUGCAGACGCUCAACUGGCAAGCAAAGCUUACACACACAGUAGUGGAUGUGGUCAGGACAGCCACAGAUGGCUUUUGGGGGAUUUAUUCAGGGGCACUGCCCCUGCUCUGCUGGGCCAUGGACAACCGCCGAGUCUUGCUGAGUACUCCUCAGAGGAGUAGGAAGGAACUGCUGGUGGUGGAUACCAAACUGGGCAGUGUGAAGUGUAUUACAGCAGGCACACCAGAGGGUAGCUGGACUCUGCUGGGAAUUCAGCAGGACUUGUUGGUGGUCACCUGUUCAUCACCCAGUUGCCCUCCAAUCUUGAAGGUGGGUGUGCUUCCCCCUGCAGGGAGUGAGCAGGAACUGCAAUGGAUGAGAGUGGUGGAAACCUCUGGACUUCCAGAUCUGGAAUGGAAAAUCCUCACAGUGCAGCCACCUGUGACUGAGGAGGGCAUCCCAUACACAGACCUGGCCUUUGAAGCCCUGUUGCUGAGACCACAAGGAAGCCGACAAGGAGGAAAGGGCUUCCCACUUAUUGUUUCUCCACAUGGUGGCCCUCACGCGAUCUUUGAGGCCUGUUGGCGUCCAACCAUGGCAUGUCUGUGCCGGCUGGGUUUUGCAGUGCUCAUGGUGAAUUACAGGGGCUCCCUGGGCUUUGGCCAGUCCAGCAUUGACUCUCUGGUCUCCCGCGUUGGGAUCCAAGAUGUGGAAGACACUCAGCUGGCAGUGGAGUUGGCGCUGCAGUCAGAGCCUUUGGACCCAGAUAGAAUUGCCUUGCUGGGAGGCUCCCAUGGGGGCUUCAUCUGUUGCCACCUGAUUGGUCAAUACCCAAAGAUGUACAAAGCAUGUGCAGUCAGAAGCCCUGUCAUCAACAUGGCCACUCUGCUGGGGACCUCCGACAUCCCUGACUGGCGCUACACAUCGCUAGGUUUGCCAUACUACUUUGAGCGAAUUCCAUCUGAGGAGGAUCUGGUGGCCAUGCUGCUCCACUCCCCCAUCAUCCAUGCUUCAAAGGUGUAUACACCCUUGCUGCUCUGUGUGGGUGCCAAGGAUCGGCGGGUUAGCCCCUGUAAGAAGAGCUCUGUAAGCUCUUGGAGGAUUGGCUACAUUAGGGGUGUGCCCAUCCAGUUACUGUGGUAUCCAGAAGGGAAUCACACCUUAAGUGGAGUGCAGACUGAAGCAGAUUUCUUUCUCAACUGUGCACAGUGGAUCAUGCAGCAUCUUUCGGUGGAAACUACCACUAGAAGACACCAGGCAUCUGAAAAAGCAGAGAUCUCAAUUCUGUUUUGAGUAGAAAUAUAUGCACUGCGGGGCUCUCUAUUCUGCUCCACAUGCAUUCCUGAAUAGACCUAGCAGCCUCAGUAAAGGUUCUGUGUAGGUUUUCAGCCUGCAGUCAAGUUUCUGGCCUUUAAAAAACCAUGCUGUACAUCUGGUAAUUUUAUGAUGCAGGUUCUUUCGAGGAAACCCAGCCAAUAGUACCUACUCAAAUUCACUUCUAGAGGUAAGGCUGCACUGUAACUUUCUGCCAUCAGGCUCUGCUGGACAUCGUUUUCAGCUAAGUGAAUUUAAAUACU